UCUCAUUAUCAUACGCGCACAGUCAGCCAUAUUUGUUAUUUGUGCACAGGGGAAAAUCUGCUUACCAAUUUACAGUUGGCGUUUCUACGGACUGUAAGCCAAUGUUGUACAUAUAACACACAGAAACAUGGAGGAUAUACGGAUAAUAUGUGUGUUAGUGACAUUAUUGCCGCUAAUUUGCGGUUAUUCAGAACCUAAUGCGUUCGACCCUGUGAUAAAGUCUUCUGAAGUUAAUGCCAGAGGCUUUGCAUUAUUCCGAGGUCAGAUCCGGGAAGAUGAGACAACAGUUGACCUCCGACCUGGGUUAUCGGCAUAUGAUGAGGAUAGCAUUGGGCUAGCAAGGCUCAUCUGCAAAUAUAAAAUACUCAAGAGUAAGAAGCGAGGGAAGAUCCCGUUUGUUAUUGAACUAAAGAACAAAACAACUGGUCAAGCUGAGAUCCGAGUUCGGGAGAAGGAGAGGCUUGACUUUGAGAAGCGCUCCCACUACAAGUUUGAAAUAAUUGCCAAGGACUGUGGCGAUCCUCCCCGCCUAUCUGAUGUGGCUGUUGUUCAGAUCAAAGUGAAAGAUGUUGACGAGUUUGCCCCAACGUUCGAAAACUCAUCCUAUUUUGCCACAGUGCAAGAAGGCAAGAUGUACACCAGCAUCGUGUCUUUACGAGCAUCUGAUGGAGACAGGUCCGCGGAUUACCAGGGAAUCUGUGACUAUGAAAUCCUUACUCCAGAAGUUCCAUUUGAAAUCGAUCAUCAGGGAAAUCUUAAAAACACAGAGCCUCUGGAUUUCAAUAUUCACCGAAAUUACAUUCUUAAAGUUGUUGCCAGCGAUUGUGGCAAGAAAAGAUCGAAACCUGUGUUCGUGAACAUUGUUGUGGAGGAAUUAUGCCGUAGUGGUUGGCAAGAUGUGCGGGACCAUAUUCCAUAUGUCGCAGGAAGUGGUAGGCAAAAAAUUGCCGAUCAUGCUCGUCUUCAACUUUGUGAAGAGGGAUGCACACCUGAAAAAAUAGCUGUUAGGAUGACCCUGGCAACCAAACAUAUCGGCAAGGGCUGUGAUCGUGAUACAUAUUCUAUUACAUCUCAGAGAAAACUCUGUGGUGCUAGUGGAGAAAGUGUGGACCUGCUGCCUUCUCCGUCCCUGGCCGCAUGGACCCGCAACCUGCCCACCGAUGAUGGACAUGAAAGUGACCAGCUCUUCUCUUUCGAUGGCCAUAGCAAUGCUGUAGAAGUGCCCGAUGUCCAUUUCAACCAUACCAUCCAUGAACAUUUCACCAUUUCCACGUGGAUGAAGCAUGAGGCCUUGGAGACGUACUCCUCCCAGCACCGAGCCCCCAAGGAACAUGUGCUCUGCAUGUCUGAUGGUGAACAUAUGAGCCGCCACCACUACUCCCUGUUUGUCCAUGGAGAGAAGUUUGUGUUCCUGAUGCGGCGUGAAGCCACAUCCCCAGAGGAGAUGGAGAUCUUCAAGCCUGCCGAGUGGAGGUGGCACAUCCCCCAGGUCAAUGAUGGAGAGUGGCACCACUAUGCCAUCAGUGUUGACUUCCCUGAGGUUCGUCUGUACAUUGAUGGAAAACUGCUCAUCCCUGACAAGACAAGUCUGGAGAUUGUUGAUGACUGGCCACUUCACUCCUCCCACAAAGUCCACUUCACCAAGCUCACAAUCGGAGCCUGUUGGCAGGGAGGAGAGAACCGAUAUGAGCAUCACUUCCGUGGUUACCUGGCUGGUCUGUCUUUCCUGAAGGACAAGACAGAGAGUGAUCGGGUUAUCAAGUGCCUCAACAACUGCAAGGAGAACCUGGACUUCCAUGCUCUCAAUGACAUGCAGAGUGGAACAAGUGUGAGCUUCAACAGUGAGAUGACAGAGUUCAGCAUCAGCGGCCGUGACGUCACGGAGGUGGAGAAACUGAUGCGGGAGGUGACCUACGUGAAUGCUAGAACAUACCCUACUCCCGGACGCAGGAACCUCCAAGUUGAAACCACUAUUGUCUGUGAUGGAGCCCCCAGGCAGCUGCCAACCAUUGAGAGCUACGUAAUGGUGCAGGAACCUCCCAAGCCAAUCAUCACCAUCGGCGGCGACACCAACCUCACAAGACUCAUCUACCAGUUUGAGCGGGGUCUCCGCAUCUUCCAGGAUGUCCACAUCUACGCCACACAGCAAGAGGAGGACAUUGAUAUUUCACCUCUGGAAGAUGAUGAGGACAAGGCUACAAAACUUGCAUACAAACUGUCCAAGUCCAUGGUGCACCAAUCUACUGAAGCCAAGACCAACCUGAAGGAUGGUAUCCUGAUUGACUCCUGCACCAUCCAAGCCGACCCACCACUCAACCUGUUCUUUGAGCACCUGUCUCUGCCCACACACAUGAUGGAGAACCUCGGACUUGAGUGGAGUGAAACCAACGAUGGAGUUACUGUCACAAAUGCUGACAAAAUGGAGCGUUACAUUGGUGUGAUCCGCAACAUCCACUACUACCACAACCAGCCUGACAUCCUCAACAGCCGUACACUGACCCUGUCCUGCUCCUCACAGAACCAGAGAUUUGUCUCCAACAAGUUCACCGUCAAGCUGGUUGCUGUCCACGAGGUACCCCAGGUCAAAGCUCAUGCCAAUGCUCAGCAGGCUGCAGCCUCUGCCCCAGUCAGGAACGCCCUGGAGAACGUCAAAUCAGCCAGUGCUCAGCAGUUUGUGGCUACCUCAUCCAACUUCGGCAUGGCAGCCAUCAUCGUUGUCUGUGUGGGUUUCCUCCUCUUUAUGAUCAUCCUGGGAGUGAUCCGCAUCCGGGCAGCACACAGACGUACCCAGGUUGUGCAGGUGGAUGAAAAAUGUGAGAUGGAAUGGGACAACUCAGCACUCAACAUCACUGUCAACCCCAUGGAACAAGAGGUUUUUGAUUAUGAAGAUAAUGGAAUGCAGUCAUUGAGAGACGAAUCCGACAGCGACGAUGAUGGCAGCAGUUUCCACGAUGAUGGAGAAAGUUCUGACGAAGAGCCACCGAAGGGACUAACAACCUAACAACUUGCAUGCCUUUGAAAUGCAGUAAUCCCAAGUCAGCUCGAAUGGUCUGUCCUUGGAUUGCUGGAAGAGCCUGUAUGACAAGUACAGCUCUAACUGAAUUAAUUUUCUUUCAUGAAGAAUCUUGGAUGUAACGUUUUGUGUUCCUGACGAAUCUAUUAGGAGAAAAGUGGAGUAGGUUUAGAAUCGCCCACACAACUUCUGAUGGUCGAGGUGAAUCUCUCGAUGAUGCAUUAUGAGCUGAGGGCUACAAGCUGUUUACUUGGAAGCAACAGCACUGAGGACUCUUUGCGUGGAAUACCCUGGAAUACCCAUUUCCAGUCUGUUUAGACGUUGUCAUUAGUGUCGUGUGUGUCGAACUGAAACUUGCCCCCAUUGUGUGGGGUAAUCAUUAGCUGACUGAAUAUGUCCGCUGUUUGGGAAGGGACUAGGUUUUUUUAACCAUAUGAAUCAAACAAGCCCACUAGUCAUCUUUAACUGCCACGGAACUGCACACAUUACCUUAGGACAGUUAUUGGCUGCACUGAGCGAUUUCCUCAAUCAAGUGACAUCAACUUCGAUUAGUAAUUAUAGUCUCUUUAAUGAUAUGGAUUUUCUUUGGUAAUUGCCAGUCAAUGAUCUGGCAAAGAAACCCAUACUGAAGGUUGAGAACUUCAUCGGACAAUUCCACUCCUAAUUAACUGGGUGGAUUUCAAGCAUAGACUGUUGGAUAUUAUCGUUUACCUAGGCGCCCAUAGUUUGAACCCAGUCUUGUGGAUACUCUGAUUUACAUUCUUCUGAAAUAAGAAACCCCACGUAACGCAGCUUCAAUGCAAGUCCGAUGAGAGCAUUCCGAUCUGGAAUGAGUCCAACCCACAUUGAAAGAAACAUCUUGAAAUUAUCAAUAAGAAGAAAACAACUGAAUUUUAGGAAAAUAAGUGGCAAGCUGAGAUGUAUAUGAUCGUACAUUCUAUGUGUUUGAUUUAUUGUUGUGCUGAAAAGUCUUGACAUUUAAACUGGGCGAACCUGAAUUCGAAACCCCUAUCACAGGUCCCUUGCAUGUCUUGUUGGCGCACUGUUUAUGCACCUUCCACAACUGGACCACAUGUUUCCUUGACAGCACUGGGUACAUGAGUGGUUGCCCUUCGCCUGCUUUGUGGCAGGGAAACUGACUGGGGAGGGGAAAAGGGUAGAUCAAGAACAUUGAAGAAAGGAUUAUGUCAUGAAAACAUACCUCAAUAACAUCGAACAGAUCUGUAUUUGGGUUUCUAGUUCGCUGUUUACGGACGGAAAUCGGAUCCUAACAUCCACUCUACUGUGUGGUAGCGGAGAUAAGUACCUAGAUCCAUCUCUAAUCCCCUGACAGACAUUUCCGACAAAAUGGUCACGGACGUAUUAACUUAAGGACGGUUUGAUAACGGAGUCAUCUUUGUUUCUGUUUAACGUCGCACUCGGCAAUAUCACAGCUAAAUUACGUCGGUCUGUUUAUAAUUAGGUCUGGACCGGAUAUACCCGUGAUCGAUAUUAUAACCACGUCACCGGGUUCGAUUAUGAAAAAUAUCAGCGAUAAUUCUGUUGCUUCGUACGGCAAACAGGUUGCUUGGGACUAACUCCAACCCAGAAUCCACACAGGGCCUUGCUAAGACAAAAAUGAUUCACAUAUUUUACGUAAGUCAAUUUGGUAUUAGCUAACCAGUGUAUAGAACAAUGCACCGAACCUGGAGCAGACUUUACUUGCCGAUUGUACAAUUUGUUACACAGUCGAUCGACGUGAUAGGGCGAUGACGGACGACUACAGCGGUGUUAUAUACUGUUCGAUCACCGAGAGACGACAGACCAAUAAAUCAGGACAAGACACAUUAAUUGCAAUUUUUAUUGUAUGACAUCAUUAAUCUAGUCGCAGUUGACACAGUCCCUGAUUUAUCCAUCAACAGACCAACAAGGUUCUUGUCGAAUGAGCCUCGGCUUUCCGAGAGUCGUUACUUUUACGACAACCUUGUCCAAUAGACAGUUCGUUACAUAGAACCUAGAAUGUUUUCGUUACACGUACCUGAGAAUGUUGUAAAUAUACUUCAUCCAAUUCUGUGUUGUACACGUAUAAAAACAUCACCGAUAUAUGUAGUAAACAUUUUGUGGUUCAUUUAUAAAUCUUAUAUACUCAAUCACAAAACAAAUCCACGAUGUUACGCUUAUUGAGAAGGCCGUAUGCGUCAACUCCUAUAUUUUUCACCCAACAGGCCUUAUACAGUUUAAAACCAAUUAAAAUUCAAUUUAAUUUUUUUAAAUGAUUGUCUUUUAUCGUGGUUUGAUAUAUUCAUCAUUUCAAGACUGAAAAAAAAUGUUGAUGCUUGACUUUCUUUUUGACCACUUUUUGACCACUCCACAGUAAAACUGAAUUAAGGUAUGAUUAUACAAGUUGUGCACUGUAGUAUUUUAUAUUUAUUUCAUAUAUACAAACACUGUGUAUUGUGAGUGGUUUGUAUAAUAUCGAAAUUCACUUGGUUAGAAUGACAAGUCACUGCCCUUGUCUUGAUAGGGUGUGUAUCGAUAAUUACUUGAAAAGCCGUAAGGUCAAUAUCUUCAUAUUAAUUUUCAUUUUUUGAUAUAGUCAUGAAAGUUAUUUCUGUGCUUGAGUAUAUAAGGGUUUACAUGUAUAUUUUAUAGAGGCCCUGUAGUUUUCUAAAGCUCUCCAUCACCUCUGUGAAACUUACUUUUACAUUCUUUCAGCAUUGUCAAUCAAGUAAGUCGUGCAUAGAUUCUCAGGAUCAUUCCUACAUCGCAUUGUAUUCAUGCUAUUAAUAUUCUAACUUGCACAAGCACUUGACUCUGAAAGAUGUAAUAAAAUAUAUAAAUGUAAAA